UGUAUUUCUACAGAACAACCAAACAUUCAAUUGGGAUUACUCAACGACGGAAGGACUUGAAGAGACUUUUAGUUUACAUGUCUUACGGAUGGGGAGUGCCAUUGAUUCUAACUCUGAUCAUCUACAUGUUCACCUCGCUUAACGUUUUACCAUAUGAAAUCCAGCCAUUCGUGGGUACCACACAGUGUUUCAUAGAAUCUCGCACAAAUAACUAUGCAGGAGUACUUUUCCUGCGUCUCCCACACCUUAUCAUACAAAUCAUCAAUACGGUGCUUUUUGUUCAAACGAUUUCCUACUGUCUGAGAAUCAAGAACGAAAUAAACAAAAUAGAUGACACAAUAAGACACCAACAAAAGUACAAAUUCAAAAGGGAUCAAGAACGGUUGUUCCUGAUACUGAAGCUAUCGGUAAUUAUGGGAGUAAACUAUAGUUUCGAUGCCCUCAGCGCAUUUGUUAAAAUGAGCGAUUUCGGCACAGUAGCAAAAUACAUCGAGGUCACUUGGGAUUGUAUCAACUGUUUACAAGGCGUCUUCAUCUUCCUCAUAUUCAUUUGCAAGAGGAAAAUCUACAAUGACUUUCUCAGAAAACUAAACAUUAGAAGAACGGAUCACUUACUGCAGAACACCCAAACCCAUUCCAUGAGUUCUGCCACAACCCGAUUCAGUUUGAAGAACGGAAGAAACAGUUUGAAAUGAAUACACUGUGAUAAUUAUCAUCAAAAACUAGUCAACCAAACCGUAGACUUGCCGCAUAGCAAAAAGGACUUCUAGCCACUUCCAAUGAGUACAAAACACAGUAUUCGUCAAAGAAAAGUUGAAUUAUUUCAUAUGACUUGAGUUACGACCUUGUGCAAUAGUAUUAAUUCAAGAAUAUCUCGGUUAUGAAGAGUCUGGCAAAUUAUUUUAAAUAAUUUAUUUUUGUACAAUGUGAGCUACAUACAUGUUUGAUGAUCUAUGUUUAAAUUUACAAUAAACAAA